AUGUUUGGGAAACAAGACAAAAUGGACGUUAGAUGCAGUUCAGAGACUGAAGCUAACCGGGUCUCGAAGAACGGACAUAAAGAGGGCAAGGAAAGCAAAGGGUCUGAAGGAAAUAUUUCUACUUCUUUUUUGAAGGAUCAGCAAGGGACUUUUUCUGCCUCUGCAGCUACGGAAGACUGUAAUAAAAGUAAAUCUAGUUCGGCUGAUCCGGACUACUGCAGGAGGAUCCUAGUUAGAGAUGCCAAAGGUUCAAUCAGAGAGAUUAUUCUGCCUAAGGGGCUUGAUCUGGACCGUCCCAAGCGGACCCGCACCUCCUUCACGGCCGAGCAGCUCUACCGCCUGGAGAUGGAGUUCCAGCGCUGCCAGUACGUCGUGGGGCGGGAGCGCACCGAGCUCGCCCGCCAGCUCAAUCUCUCCGAGACUCAGGUCAAGGUCUGGUUCCAGAACCGGCGCACCAAGCAGAAAAAGGACCAGGGCAAGGACUCCGAGCUGCGGUCGGUGGUGUCCGAGACCGCCGCCACCUGCAGCGUCCUGCGGCUGCUGGAGCAAGGCCGGCUGCUCUCCCCGCCGGGGCUGCCCGGCCUCCUGCCGCCCUGCGCCACCGGAGCCCUGGGCUCGGCGCUGCGCGGACCCGGCCUGGCGGCGGGCAGCGGCAGCGCGGCGGCGGCGGCGGCGGCGGCGGCUCCCGCCGGAGGCUCCCCGCACCCGCCGGCCGCCAGCAGCGCGGCGGGACCCCCCCCGCCGGCAGCGCUGCACGGAGCGGCCGCCGCCGGGCACGGGCUGUUCGGGCUGCCGGUGCCCGCGCUGCUGGGCUCGGUGGCCGGGCGGCUCUCCUCCGCGCCCCUGGCCGUGGCCGGCUCGCUGGCGGGCAACUUGCAGGAACUGUCGGCCCGCUACCUGAGCUCGUCCGCCUUCGAGCCCUACUCCCGGACCAACAAUAAAGAGAGCGCUGAGAAAAAAGCACUGGACUGA